CAUGUCUUGGGUGGCGUAAAGCCGAAGGGCCGAGGAGCGGCCGAGCAUGUCUUUGGUGGCGUAAAGCCGAAAAGUCGAAAAGCCGAGGAGCGGCCGAGCGUGUCUUGGGUGGCGUAAAGCCGAGCGGCCGAGGGGCGGCCGAGCAUGUCUUGGGUGGCGUAAAGCCGAAGGGCCGAGGAGCGGCCGAGCGUGUCUUGGGUGGCGUAAAGCCGAGCGGCCGAGGGGCGGCCGAGCAUGUCUUGGGUGGCGUAAAGCCGAAGGGCCGAGGAGCGGCCGAGCAUGUCUUGGGUGGCGUAAAGCCGAGGGGCCGAGGAGCGGCCGAGCAUGUCUUGGGUGGCGUAAAGCCGAAAAGUCGAAAAGCCAAGGAGCGGCCGAGGGGCGGCCGUGGCGGCUCUUAAAUGCUGUCGUGUCGAUCGUUGCCUUGUUGACGGGGGUUACUUUCUUUGCACGUUUCCCGGUGCUGAGGUCGAGGAGGUCCUUGGGCGGCACCGUGUCGUCCGGGUUCGCCACGUCAGGGCCUUUCUUUAAUUCGGGGCGCCUUCGGGCGCUCUUUGAUGUGACGUAACGGCCGCGCCUUUGCGCCAGUGCGCUGCCGCCCAUCCUCGGGAAGCGAUGAGGCAUUGACUCCGGGGGGGGGUGUCUCUUUUAAUCGUUUGGGCACCUGUCCUGUCCUCCAGCCCCUUGCUGCCGUGCUUCCUCCUUCGAGCCCCGCCAUCGUGUCCCAGAGCUUGUCCCCGGCUUCUUCCCGGUUUUUAUCUUCUUCUCGAGGUCAGUCGAGAUGCCGUCCUCUCCUUCUUUGCUUUCCUCUCCGUCUUCCUCUCCCUCUUCUUCUCCCGUGCUUGGGGCUGGAGGGGGCGGUCCUCCUUCCACCCUUGACGAGUCCCCUGACGAGGAGGCGGCGCGGUCGCUUGAGGCUUUGAUGUGGCCGCACGAUAUUGACUCAACUGUGAAUGAACCUUUGCUGGAGGGACUCCGCGAACGCUAUUGCAUCCCGGGAGAUCACACCCUCGGUAUACCAGAGCCGGGGCAGCGGGCGUAUGACCCGAUCCCGAAGGGUUUUGCUUUGUCCCUUGAUGCUCUGGAGGCGGGCUUGCGUUUCCCCCUUCAUCCCUUCAUUGUAUCUUGUUUGUCCUUCUGGCGGGUUUCUCCGUCUCAGGUAACGCCGAACUCCUGGCGUUACCUAGUGGUAUUCCUGGGGGAGUGCCAUUAUGCCCGUAUCACCCCCACCCUCAGCCUCUUUCUUUCUUGCUACCGCUUUUGCAAAGGCUCGGGGGGUUACUUCUUAACGGCUCGAACUGGAUUUCGCGUUGGGGGUGCCCCUUCCAAUAACAAGGGAUGGAAGGGGAGGUUUUUUUAUGUCAGCCGUACACAGGACUGGGGCUUCGGAGUUCGGUGGUUUGCGAGGGUGAUUGACAACACCCCCCCUUGUUUGGGCGAAGUGGAUCGCCGAGCUCGGGAAAGGCUCAGAUAGGUUCUCCCUAAGUCGCAGGCCAUCCGGACCAUGACUGAGCAGUGGUUGGUCGCGGCGGGCCUUAGCCCGGUGCCUCAGGAGAUGGUGAACCUUUGGUCACUCCUGGAGAAUCCGGCGUCGCAGCCCCCUUCCCCGACUCCAGAUACCGCCUUGCGGCCUCCUCCCCCCGCUCCGGCGACCGAAUCACAACCUCCACAGCCUGCUCUGGCAACCGAGCCGUCGCCCCCUCCCUUGGCGGCGGUGACCGAACCGCAGCCCGGUACGGAGGGUGCCACCUUGGAGGUCGGGGACGGGCGCCCUUCAAAGAAGGCGAAGGUGUGUGCGUCCAAAGGGCCGGGAAUGAGCUCCCGUCAGGGCGGGGGGGGACCUGAUCGGCGCGUGGCGGGGAAGGGGCCCCACCCUGUCUCCGUGCUUGGCUUGUGCCGGCUCCCGGCUGGGGAUGGGGAGCCGUUCCUGGCACGGCUGGUCGGCGAGAUCCCGCGUGGCGAACCCCGCGAGCCCCUGGUCGCCCACUGGGAGGGUGUCUUCCGGGGGGAUAGGGUGUGGGCCGGAGGGGAUCCCUCUGCGGCGUUCCUCCGAGGGGCGCUCCACCCCGACCUGGCUCGGGAUUUGUACACCCUGACCUCGGAAACGCUCCUUAACAAGUCUGCUCAGUCGCUGGUCUGGGGUCUUCAUUAUGCGACGGCCCUGAUGGACAGGGUGCGGGACGCCGGCCGAACCGUCGGGGACCUCAUUUGUCGUAACGCUGAGCUCAGCCACCAGAUGGCGGAGAUUCAGGCAAAAAACGGGCCGGAGGUCGUGGCGGCUGCUGAGGAGCGUGCCUCGGGUUUUGAGGCGGAAGUCGUCCGUCUCCGAUCGGAGCUUGAGGCUUCCCAAGAAGCAAACGACGCCAUGAAGGAGGCCAACGGGGAGCUUCAAAAACUGAUACGGAUAGAACGGACCGAGCUCCGUCUGGUGAAGGCCGAGGCGAGUGCCCUUAGCCGAGAUAAAAAAGGCUUCGGAGGCAUUGGCGGAGGAAACCCUGCUUCGACCUCUGAAGGAUAAGGCACUCAUCGAGGCGUACAAGAAGUCGGAAGGGUUCGAACUUGGGCUGACGCGGACAGGGCGGGUAUCUUUUGAAUACGGGUAUCGAAUCGCUACUUCGCGCUUCUGUGCUCGUCAUCCUGGUCUCGCGGUGGACGAGGACCCCUUCAAUUCUCACCCCGAAGACCGAGGUGUGGACAUGCCCGAGGAGGUUCCCUUCGACGACCGUUUGGAGGUCCCCCGGCCAUGAGGACGGUCUUCCGCCCUGUGGACUUUAUGUGCGCCGAGCCUUUGUGCUUCUUCUGGGCGCCGAUCCUUGUAUUUCUCCAUUUUUGAAAUAAAGGAAGCUUUCUAUCAUUCGUGUACUGUCCGCCCAGAGAGGCCUUUUGCUUGGCGGCGCGAUCUUGCCUUGUUCUAAACAAAAAAUCUUUUGAGGUUCCGGACGUUCCAUGUUCUCGGCAAGCGGGACCCGUCCAUUGUCGCGAGCUUGUAUGUGCCCGGUUGGACUACCUCGAUGAUCCGAUAAGGUCCCUCCCAGUUGGGGGCCAGCUUGCCCCCGGCCCUGGUCGGGUUGCUAACUUCGGCCCUUCGCAGGACUAAGUCGUUCAUUUUAAUGGGCCGAGGUCGU